GGCGUUACACCUGUUUCUCCGGCGGUGAUCCUUGUUGUUGUCUGCGCAACGCCAGAAAACAAAUCAUCCAAGGAAAAGACAGUUGACAAACCGGAAACGUAGUUUAAACAGCUGGACUUUCAAACCUCCGCCCCGUCUUUUUUCAAAAUGUCCACGGAGGAGCUGUCAGCCUCGGACAGCGAGGCUGCCUUCGCCAGCGCAGGGGAGCGAUGGGCACCGGUCGGGGCCGUGGCCAGCCCGGAGGAUGAGAGCGGCAGCGGGAGCCCUGGCCAGCCGAAGAAGAGAGGCUUGUCCUCGGCGGCCACGGAUGAGGAAAUGGCCACCAGGCUGGAGAAGCUGGAAGAGGAGCAGCACCUGCUGAACUCCUCUCUCCUCGCGCUCACCUCUCACUUCGCCCAGGUGCAGUUCCGGCUGAAGCAGGUAGUUCACGCGCAGACCGAUGAGAAGGAGAGGAUGCUGGCCGAGCUGGAGGAGUUCGCCUUCAGGGGCUGCCCGCACGUGGUGGGCUGCAGAGCUCUGGAUGCCAAACAGCUGGAGAACUCGGGAGAUCUGAGUGAGAGGGACAAGAGGGAGCGCCUGGAGGCUCAGAGGGAGAAACAGAAGGAUCUCAUUUUCCAACUGAAGACACAGCUGGAUGAUCUGGAGCGCUUCGCCUACCAGGAGGGCAGCUACGACGCUCUGCCGCAGUCCGUCAUCAUGGAGAGACAGAAGGUCAUCAUUGACGAGUUGAUCGAAAAGCUGGACGUGAACCUGAACGAGGACAUCGGCAACUUGUCGCCCGAGGAGCUGCGACAGAGAGUGGACGCUGCCAUCGCUCAGAUAGUGAACCCAGCCAGGGUCAAAGAGCAGCUGGUGGAUCAGCUCAAGACCCAGAUCAGAGACCUGGAGAUGUUCAUCAACUUCAUCCAGGAUGAAGUGGGGAACCCUCUCCUAUCAGAUGGUGGACUCAGCCAGCAGCCACAAGCAGCGGGGACCAAUGCCAGAACUCCAGGACUGAAGAAGAAAGUGGACCCAGAGCAGGCCCAGAAGAUGCGAGAGACCGGCCUGCAGCUGAUCCAGAAGGCCCUGGCCGUGCUGCAGAUCUUCGCUGCGAGCCAGUUCGGCUGCGCCCCCGGCCACCUUCCUCAGAACAUGUGGCCUCAGGAGUCGACCCUGCAGAACUACGGGCCCCUGCUGCAGCGCCUAGAGGCGGCUGUCGACAAGGUGCGAGUGCUGGGCUCGUGCAGACAGCCGUCCCUCGAACACGUCGUCAACUACACCAGCAACGCGGCGCUGGGACCCCGCGACGAGCUGACGUCGUCGGUGAGGAAGGAGCUGGCGAUCGCUCUGAAGGACUUGUUGUCUCACGGCCUCUUCUCGCCCUCCCAGACCAUGAGUAUGGUGCUGGCGCCAAUCUCCUGCCUGCUGCCUUACAGACCGACCCCACAGACCAUGCACCCAUGGGAGCUCUUUGUCAAAUACUACCACUCCAAAAACGGGAAAGCCUUCGUGGAGACUCCGGCCCGCCAGCUUUCUCAGUCCUUCAGCCUCCCCGUGGCGGGCGGCCCGGUGACCGUCACCCCUAAACAGUCUCUGCUGUGGGCCGUCCACACUGUGCUGAAUGAGCACGGACGCUACAAGCGAGGACCGGACACCGAGUUCAAAGCGCUGGUGUGCAUGGCUCUGAAUGAGCAGCGGCUGGUGUCGUGGCUCAACCUGCUGUGUAAGUCCGGGACCCUCGUACACCCGCACUACCAGUCCUGGAGCUACAUGGCCCAGACCGGCUUCGAAGGAGCCCUGCGCAUCCUGGGCCGCAUCAGCCACCUCAAAUUCAACCUCCCAGUGGACCUGGCUGUCCGGCAGCUGAAGAACAUUAAAGAUGCUUUCUGAGGAGGCGACACAUCCAUGAAAACUAACGAAAACAUCAGCCUCAGAAAUCAAGUAUUUUACCCGCAAAAACAUGACUUUGUGCUUCAAGUAUGUAACCUUUUAAAGGUUAUUUAAGUAGCGACCCAUCUUAAGUGAAGUGUGUGAUGUCUUCUGUACAUGCAUGGAUGAUUAUGUCGUGUGACCUUCUCUUUAUGAUUCCAAAAUGAUGAUGCUACUCGUACUGUAAACAUGCCUUAGAUGGAGAUUGAGAUUUCCUCACCUUUAGAGAAGCCUUCCUGACCUUUGCGACCUGUGCUCAUCACACCGUAUCAUCGCCCUGUGUACAUGACGGCGUCCUAACCUAUGCAGCUAAGAGAGAGGUAGGAUGUGUACAGUAAUCAGUACUGUAAUGCGGUCGCCACUGAGACAAUCCAGGAAGAAAAAGUAAUCAGCCGAAACUCGAUACCGAGGUUUCUAAACAGCAAACUGUCGUUCACAGUGAAAAGUGCAGUGACUCUUCUGUUGUGGCGUUUGUUCGUUUGGUGGUAAAUCACGCGGAGCAGAUCGGUUGCUCUCUUGACGCACUCUUCGGACGUGAAGUUAAAGCGUUGUGUAACAUUGUCUGCAGACUCCAUUUUGAAACCUGUGAAGCUGUCAUCACCUCUUGCACGUUGUGUUUCAGGUGUUAGACCCUGUUUGAACUGCUGCUUCUCUCCUAUUCCAGGUUUAUUUAGGAUCAGAAUUAGAUGGCAGUGAUGUUGUAUGAUAAGAACGAUGUAACACGAUUGUAGGAUAUAAAAGGUUUUGUUUUGUUUCCUGUUUUUCAGAGAACUUUUUUCUUUUUAUUUUUAUUUUCGGGAGAUGGAAGAGUUGCACGAUUUCUAUCCUUAAAUACUGAAUGUUCAAACCAUAGAUGCUAUUAUACUGAGGUUUAGUUUAUAUCUGCUGUAUGUUGAACUGCUGUUUAUGGGACUAACACACACACUGAUGUGUGUAUCAAACCUUUGAUAAAAGAGGAUCACUGCGUCUGUACUUCCCAACAUAGAAACCUGUGCACUUUGUGACCUGCGUGCACCUGGAGACACAUUUUCAUCAUUUAUUUUAUGUUGCUGUGUAAACGCUUCUGUUUCGGUGUCGUAGAUAUGCUGCCAUAUUUAACUUCCUACAUUCCUAUUUUUGUUGUAGAGCUGUUUUAUUGGGAUUUAUGUAAGGAGACAUUUAUUUAUUUAUUUAUUUAUGGCUUAGCAUGUUUUAACUCGCCUCUGAAGUAGGUUGAACAUAUCAGAACACUGAGUUAAAGUAGCUAGAAACACACUGAAUCAUUUCAAUUUAUGUUGUUUUUAAUCACAAAUAAUAUAUUGGGAGAUAUGAAUUGUGUUUAUUUUCUUUAUUUUUAUCAAUGCAUAGCUACAGCUGUAAACAAAUUAAACUUAGUAAAUGAACCGC